GAAGGCUGCGCAUCCUCUAAUGCUUUUGUGAUUCAGCUCUUAAACGCGUCACCAAUUUAAUCGUUUUAUUUCUGUGCUGCUUGUUUCGAUAUUUAAUUGUAAAGCGAGAUGUUGUUUGGUUGAUAAGUUCUGUUAUGUUAACAUUCUGUUAACUCUCAAAAUUAGGUACAAAUCUACUUUAUUUGUUGUCAUUCUUCGGUCAGUACGGUCUGUUGUCGACAAGAUGCCCCGGGGAUUUAUUUCUCAGUUUUAAAGUUUGCGCCCCGGAAGUGUCGAUUACAGCAAGUUUUAAAGGUUCAGACACUGCAGGGAAGAAGAAACAAAUGGAGACGCACAACUACUGAGCUACUAGUUCUCCCUCAACCUUACUUCUCUUCCUGUCUCACUGCUGCUUACUGAAAACAAGAGAUGUGCUCAGAGGAAAAAAGUUCCAUCAUGUCGCAGAAGAUCUCGUCUCCAUCGCACAGCAACAGCAGUUCCUCCUCCAAACACGACAGUAGACAGAUUUUGGGUUGUAUCGCCCACCCCUACUGCAGUGCAACUGCCCUCACAUUGUACCAGAUUUGCCCGUCCUUACUGUGUGAUGUUACAGUACGUCAGUUGUCCACAAAUUCGUUUGUACGUUCCUGGACAUUUCCGGACAACUGGGAGAUCGUGGAGGGCUUGCGUGGCGGUCUGUCAAAUGUGCAGGAGCCAGAGAAACAGGCGGGCUACAUGCUGAAGAAAAGAAAAUGGCCUAUGAAAGGCUGGCACAAGAGGUUCUUCUACUUAGACAAGGGCAUUCUGAAGUAUUCCAAAUGCCCAGCGGAUAUCGAGAAAGGAAAGCUCCACGGCUGCAUUGAUGUGGGGCUGUCCGUCAUGGCCAUUAAGAAGAAAGCCAAGUGCAUUGAUCUGGAUGCCGAAGAAAACAUUUAUCACCUAAAGAUCAAGUCCCAGGAGCUGUUUGAUGAAUGGGUCUCUAAGCUUCGUCACCACAGACUAUACAGGCAGAAUGAGAUUGCCAUGUUCCCUCAUGAAACGCUCUUCCGUCCUCAUUACUCCCCCACCUCGUCCCCUCCCACACCUGACACUCAGUCCAUCAGAAAGCGGGCCUCUCUCCCGAGACAGUCCUCCUUUCAUUCGCCUGUAUCUUUUACAAGUCAGGCCAAGGUGACCGCUUGGCUGCAGUCUUCAGAAGACAUGGACAGGUGCACCAAAGAGCUCUCUGUAUGUGAGGGUCAGCUUCUGGAUCUGAAUCACUUGUUAAGAAGCAUGGAGGUGUUACACCGCACCUAUUCUGCUCCAGCCAUCAAUGCUCUGCAGGCUACAACGUACGACAGCCCUAAAAAAGAGAAACGGCAUCCACGAAAAUGGCGUCCCAAGAGUUAUGGGAAAGACAACAAAACAACCCUACAAGUUCCAAGCUGUAUCUCUGCAGGGUCUAUGCGUCUCCACGCGUCCAAUCCUAACCUCUCUUCGGUCGAGCUGACCAAUGAGAAGAGUUACCACGAGCCACUGGAUCUGCCUAUAGACGUAUCCAAACUCCAGGAAGACUUCUGCCGAGUCGCCAAUAACUUUCAUGUUACCAUGAAGUCAGCCCUCAGUAUGCUGACAACAGAGAAAGAGAGAUUCAGACAGAUGUUGGAGCAAGAGUCCUGUCCAGCUCCGUCCGCCCAGCUCAUGGGAUUGAAGAAUGCCCUGGCUUCUGCCGUAACGCAGAAUGCUGAGCUGCGAGAGCGUCUGUGCAAGAUUCACGCCGAGUCGCACCUCCCCGAGCCCUCUGUACAUAUAAACCUCAGCCCUGGCCCCCUGCAGCAGCAAGACCCCAGCGAUGGUUCCCGCCCCCUUGUCCACCAGUUGUCCAAUGAGAGCAGAGCUUCCAUUACAGAGUCUCUUUCCGAGUUCUUUGAUGCUCAGGAAGUGCUUUUGUCAGCUAGCUCUUCAGAAAACGAGGCUUCAGAAGAUGACUCAUAUAUCAGCGACAUCAGUGAUAAUGUGUCCAUGGAUAACUUCAGCAACAACGUGGAGAAUGAGAGGCUCAAUACAGGUUUUGUGGAAAAUGGUUGUGCUCUGGAACAGAGGCGGUUGUGUCUUCCCUCUCCCAGCCCCAACACCAGCAACAUCAGUCUGUGGCACAUAUUAAAGAACAACAUUGGAAAGGAUCUGUCAAAGGUGGCCAUGCCUGUUCAACUCAACGAACCCCUCAAUACACUGCAGAGACUGUGUGAGGAACUGGAGUACAGCGAACUACUCGACCGGGCCGCAAACACACAGGAUCCAUUUGAGCGUAUGGUGUACAUCGCAACAUUUGCAGUGUCAGGCUAUGCUUCCAGUUACUACCGUGCAGGAGGAAAACCCUUUAAUCCAGUAUUGGGUGAGACCUACGAGUGUGACAGACCAGACAAAGGCUUUCAGUUUGUGGCUGAACAGGUCAGCCAUCACCCUCCCAUAUCAGCGUGUCAUGCAGAGUCUAAAAACUUCAUCUUUUGGCAAGAUGUGCGGUGGAGGAAUAAAUUCUGGGGGAAGUCCAUGGAGAUUGUUCCUGUAGGAACUACUCAUGUGGUUCUCCCCGGCUUUGGCGAUCACUAUGAAUGGAACAAAGUGACUUCAUGCAUCCACAACAUUCUGAGCGGGCAGCGCUGGGUCGAGCACUACGGCGAAAUCUCCAUCAAAAACUCCAACAGCGAGAAGUGCCAGUGUAAAGUCACCUUCAUCAAGGCAAAGUACUGGAACUCCAGCAUGAAUGAGGUAGAGGGAUCUGUCACAGACCACAAAGGGAAGAUCGUCCACAAGCUGUUUGGGAAAUGGCAGGAGGGCAUCUACUGUGGCACCCCACCCUCUGCUACCUGCAUCUGGAGGACGAACCCUAUGCCUCCUGACUAUGAGCAGUACUAUGGUUUCACCAAGUUUGCUAUGGAGCUAAAUGAGCUGGACCCUGUUACCAAACCACUUCUUCCGCCCACAGACACCAGGCUCCGACUCGACCAGAGGCUACUGGAGGAGGGGAAUAUUGAAGCCGCAGAGAUGCAGAAACAGAGGAUCGAACAGCUGCAAAGAGAGAGACGCAGAGUCCUUGAGGAAAACCACAUGACACAUCAACCUCGAUUCUUCCAAAAAUCCAAAGACGACAUCUGGAUGAGCAACAACACUUACUGGGACUUGCGGAAAGAUCCUGGAUUCAGCAGUCUGGACUGCCCGGUCCUCUGGUAACUCCAACAGUCAUCUGUGCUCACUGUCGCUUGUGUAUUGUCCGGCCAACUUUACAGAAUCAAGAGAAAGUGCACCCCUCUUGUGAAGUAAAGGCUGAUGAUGCUGAAAGAGGAAAUCGAUCAAACUGGCCUCAAAUGAGAAGGCGACAAAGAAAUGCCACCACAGAACUUUGACUCAGAAUGAGAUCAUUUCAAAUCACUCCAGUCAUUAUUUAAUGUCUCAGCAGUUCAGUUGCCUUAAUAUGCUUAUAUGUAGUGUCUUUUAUGCAAUUGGAUUCAUUGAUGUUUGAGAGAGAUGCAAUCUUGACCCAGUUCACAUUCCUGUUUUAUUAUGAAGGCAACAGAAAAACUGUUGACUUGUGAUCUCUUGUGGCUAAAUGUGGUACUGCAAAUAACUAAACAACCCAAGCCUAAAACAUAUAACGUUUGUUUAUUUUGUAUAGUAUGUUGUCAGAACAAAACUGCAUUGUCUACCUCUUUAAAGGAAACUGUCGAUGAAUUUAUGAUGUAUAUUAGGAGUAUGAAUUACACAUCUGUCUAAUGCCUUAUAUACUAUUAUAUACUUAUAAUAGUCUUUGCUAGAACUUUUAAUCAAAUCAAAUGUAUGGUUGAAGAGUAUUGUAAUUUUACGAAAGCCUUUUAAUCCGAGAUUCUUGAAUGAACAAGAUGUGACAUUUAAGGGUCCCGGAUUACUUUCAUUCAUCUUAACUUAUUCAGAAGACUGGCAGUGUUUUAAAGCUUCCAGACGCUUUGACCUGUAACCUGUGCACAUUUCACUCAGAACCACGCACUACAAUAUACAUUGUUUGGGAGACGGGGUAGUUGCGUGUUGAUCACUGCAGCGUUUCCUCUCUCCAUCAAUAAAGUCUCAUUUUAAACAGCA